AUGGAUAGGGAAGAGAACAAAAGUCUGAUUAGUGAAGUCUUCUCUUGGUUAGUUCAAAAGAUUCUCAACAAAGACAUCUUUAAGGAACGUAUAAGAACGAUACCAGACAAGUUCUGGUCCGUUGAUGAGUACCUUAACUGCUUCGUUCCUCAUCUACUAGAGGAAACACGAACGGAGUUGUGCUCAAGCUUGGGAUCUUUAUCAAAAGCACCUGUCUUCUACAUACGUUCCUUGGAGGCAAGGAAAAUCAAAGAAACUAGUAGAAGAUCAAACCAUUUCAAUAUAUCACUGAAGGGAGUUAAUGUAAAAAGAAACAACACAAUCUAUGAGACGAAAUGCGGAGACCUCAUUGCUCUCACAGAAGCAGGAAGGCCAAGAAGCGUUAACGACUUGAACCCACUGGUUCUUGCGUAUGUGUUCUCUGUUGAAGAUGAGACACAUUUCUCUGUUCACUCUUCUGUAUCCAUAUCCAUUGAUGAGAGGUUUCCAUUUGGCUCUGGUGGGAACAUGAGUCUCAUCAAGAGUGUUCUUCAGGCUAAUACCGAGGAUACAGAGCACUCUGUUUCUUCUAGGACUUGGGGGAAUAAUGUAAGGGAUUUAAUACGUUCAACGAACUUAAACGCUUCUCAAGAAUCUGCAGUUUUGAGUUUCUUGGAAACAAGGACUUUUAGUGAGAAGACUAGUGUGAAACUGAUAUGGGGACCACCCGGUACAGGCAAGACAAAGACGGUCGCUACUCUUCUCUUUGCCCUUCUCAACUUAGGUUGCAAAACAGUCGUGUGCGCUCCUACAAACACAGCUGUGGUUGGAGUUGCAUCGAGGCUAUUGGCAUUGGUUAAAGAAUCUUCUCCCUCAGGUCAUUCUACGUACGGUCUAGGGAAUAUCGUUUUAUCCGGAAACCGAGUUAGAAUGGGGAUAGACAGCAAGAACAAUGAUCUCCUCGAUGUGUUUCUUGAGCAUCGGAUCAGUAAACUGUCACUGUUAUUGUCUGGAUGGGAACUGAGUUUGAGUUCUUUCGUAGAUUUUCUUGAGAAGGCUGAGACAGCAUCUAUAGAACUACUUGUAGUUGACGAGGCAGCUCAACUUAAAGAAUGUGAAUCAGUUGCAGCAUUGCAACUUCAGGGCCUGCGCCAUGUUGUUCUAAUAGGUGAUGAGCUUCAGCUACCAGCUAUGGUACAAAGCAAGGUGUGUGAGAAGGCUAAGUUUGGGAGAAGCUUGUUUGAGAGAUUGGUAUUGCUCGGCCACAACAAACACUUGCUUGAUGUUCAGUACCGUAUGCAUCCCUCUAUAAGUCUUUUCCCCAACAUGGAGUUUUAUGAUAGGAAAAUCUCUGAUGCUGCCAUUGUUAAAGAAAGAAACUAUCAAAAGAGGUUUCUCCAAGGAAAUAUGUUUGGUUCUUUCUCCUUUAUCAACGUGGGACUUGGGAAAGAAGAGUUUGGUGAUGGGAAUAGUCCUAAGAACAUGGUUGAGGUCGCUGUGAUUUCCGAAAUUAUAUCCAAUCUUUUCAAAGUGUCAAGUGAGACGAAGACAAAGAUGAACGUUGGCGUUAUUUCACCUUAUAAAGGUCAGACAAGAGCAAUCCAGGAGAGGAUCGGAGAUAAGUACAAUAACGUAUCAGAUCAGAUUUUCACUUUGAAUGUUCGGUCGGUUGAUGGGUUUCAAGGUGGAGAAGAAGAUGUGAUCAUCAUAUCAACCGUAAGAAGCAACGGUAAUGGGAAAAUAGGGUUUCUCAGCAACCGUCAAAGAGCUAACGUAGCACUCACUUGUGCAAGGCACUGCUUAUGGGUGGUUGGGAACGAGAGGACUCUUAACUAUGAGUGGUUCGGUUUGGACAAAGCUCGUAAGGGACUCAAAGAGACGUGGAUGUAUCUAUGA